AUGGUAGCUGAACUCCCGCCCCCUCUAUUCGGCAAUAUUGCUUCGCUGCAAGAUCGCGUGGCUAUCAUCACCGGCGCUUCGUCGGGUCUUGGGCGCGCCAUUGCACAGGCUUACGCCGCGGCGGGCGCGUAUAUCAUCAAUGCCGACCUGAGGUCAGAUCCUCCCCCGGCGCCCAUCGUCGCGUCGAAGGCGAAGGGCACCGACAUGACCACCCCCACCACAGACCUGAUCAACGCCAAGUGGCCGAGCUCACGGGAUGGUGUGCCCAGAGCCAUCUUCGUCAAGUGCAACGUUACCGAUGAAGAAGCCGUCCGCAACACGGUCGCCGAAGCGGUCCGGACGUUUGGCCGCCUGGACAUCAUGGUGAACAACGCCGGCAUCUCCGCCGAGACUUUCAUCAAGGACUACAAUGGCGAGACGAAACGCAUCCACGAGACCGACCUGACCGUCCUGGAUCGGUCGCUCGCGGUCAACGUGCGCGGCGUCUGGCUCGGCAUCAAACACGCCGCGGCCCAGUUCCUGAAGCAAGAACCUCAUCCCGUCUUCGGGACCCUCGACUCCGACGUCCAGCGCGGCUGGAUCAUCAACAUCGCCUCGAUCUUGUCGUCCGUCGGUCUGGAGGGCAACACCAGCUACUGCGCGUCCAAGGGCGCCGUGCUCAACCUGACGCGCGCGGUCGCUCUCGAGUACGCUCCGGACGGCAUCCACGUGAAUGCCAUUCAACCCGGCUUCACCGACACACACGUGCUGGAGAACAUGUACGCCAAAGUGGGCAAGGAGGAGAUGGAGAAGAUGUUGAAGAACUCACACCCGAUGGGACGGACAGGCCGGCCCGACGAUAUUGCCAAAGCCGCCGUGUUCCUGGCUGGUGAGGGCGCUGGCUGGAUGACCGGCCACGGGCUGGCUGUGGACGGCGGUUACCUGGCGCGGUAG